AUGAAUGAAGAAUUCGUAGACGUGAUAUUUCGUUCGCAGUCUACUGCUUCAAAGGAGAGCAAACAUGAGCGCAAGUUCUACGGGGAGUGGAUUGACAAAGCCUCUGCGAAGCAUAGCGCCCCCGAGCAGUUCGCAGCCGAUGCUUUACGGAAGCUGUAUCCUGAUCACUCCUUGGUGAUGACCUCCGACUGGAGGUUGCAGUUGCUUAGCUUCCCUGGUGUCUCGGCGGAGCCUAUCGAAGCGGCACCUCUAGUUACCGAGGUGGUAUUCAUUCCCCUAGCACGUCGCCUCGGCGGCCCUUUGGGCAUUGUCGCGGACAGCGUCGAAAUAGGCACUUUCAAAGUGACCUGGGAAGGGUACGAGUUCAUUGUAUACAUCACGCAGUGGCCCCUGGGCUUCGGCAAUCGCACGGAGUACUUCAUCCUGCAUGAAGGAACAGAAGAGCCCGCGCGUCAGAUGCUGACGAAAGUCGGCAUAUGGGAGGACCAGCUGCACGAUGAAAUAUGGGUCUUCAACCAGGGCUUCUGGCAGAAGAGCCGCGGGCUGUGGGAGGAGGUGCAGAAGGCUGACUGGGCGGACGUCAUUCUCAAGGAAGACUUCAAGAAGGCCCUGAAGAAGGACGUGUACGGAUUUUUCUCGUCGCAGGAGGUGUACAGACAGCUUGCCAUACCUUGGAAACGAGGCCUCAUCAUGCAUGGUCCCCCUGGCAAUGGAAAGACUAUCUCCCUGAAGGCUAUCAUGAAAUCUUGUGACGCUUUGGGCUUCUCCCCGCUCUACGUCAAGUCUUUCCAAAGUUACAAAGGCGAAGAAGGUGCCAUGGCUGACGUAUUCGACAAGGCACGCCAAGUAUCCCCAUGUGUAGUGAUACUCGAAGACCUCGACAGUCUGAUAAACGACCGUAACCGAUCUUUCUUCUUGAAUCAACUCGAUGGUUUAGAGGGCAACGAUGGCCUGUUGGUCAUCGGGACCACCAACCACUUCGACCGCUUGGAUCCUGGUCUCUCCACCAGACCAAGUCGUUUCGAUAGGAAAUUCCUGUUCGACGACCCCGACCUCGAAGAACGCAGCUUGUACUGCAAAUACUGGCAAACGAAACUCGCGUCCAACGACGAAAUCGAAUUCCCCGAUGCCCUUGUCGACGAAGUUGCGGGGCUGACCGAGAGAUUCAGUUUCGCGUACCUGAAGGAGGCCUUUGUCUCCACCCUGGUCACUUUGGCUGGCUUGGACGACGACGAGGAGGAGGUCGACUUCGCUACGCUGCUGAAAUCCCAGAUCAAGACCCUUCGCAAGCAGUUGGACAAGUCGUCUGAUACCGAUAUGGCUUCGUCGCGCGCUCAGGUAGACCUCGCCAUCCCCAACGCUCCUGCCCGCCCUGACAACAAGCCAUCCAUGGACCGCGACGUUCGCGUGCUCCUCGACGCUCUAUCUGAGUACGCCGCCAAGUCUGAAGCUUCCGGACGCCCCGCAGGCGCUGAGCGGCGGUACACCACACUCCCUGGCACCUACCAAGCCGACUCGUCAUACUGGCGCGGCGGUGAUGAUUAUCGGCCCCUUCCAAACCCUACAGGUUUCUCUGAGUCGAUGGCGCAGACCUCCGUCAGUGAUGGCCAGAAGUCCAAGCCUUCUUACGUCCAGCUUCCGUCCCCCCUUCCCCGCCAGUCCGCGACCAGGGAUGGCCGUCCGUUUGAAUGGACCGACGGCAUCGAGGCUCGCAGGUUAGCCGUGUCGACUAGCAAAGUACAUGUCGCUGGUCCAAAGAGGGUGUACACAUCUAUGCAACGCGUUGCCGACCUCAGUCCCAGUGAUAGGAAGCUUUAA